CAGUCGCUCUCUGUCCACCACCUAGAAUAGUGCUGGAGUCAGCUAAACUCCCUGGUGCGCGCCACCCCUCCGAAUCUAAUCUUCAUUGUGCAUUUUAUCUUUAUUGCUCAAACUUAGCCCGAGAUUAAUUUAAUGAUAUAUUGUAUCCACCGACAAAAUUAUUGUUUAGAUGCGGAAAGGGCCGGUGGUGUGUGAACGACUACGUGCUUUACAAGGAAUCAGGAGGAAGUGACUUACUACAUUUAUCCAGUAAUCUGGUGACGUAAAACAAGGUAUUGUGUUGACGAGUGUUAAGUUCUCCAGUUUUGUUGGAAGACGAGUGUGAGUGAGGGUGUACCUGGGUGUGGGACACUAAUGCACCGUUACCAUGGGUCAGAAAGUUCACAAACACCAAAGACUGAACAAAGGUGAAGCACUCCAAUAUGAUCCAGAAUUCAGUGGACCCAUUAAGAACAGGUCAUGUACAGAUAUAUUAUGCCUGCUUCUAUUCGUGGCAUUUUUGGCAGGAUGGGGAGUAGUGACAGGAUUUGCGGUAUUUCAUGGGGAUCCCUCCCGUCUCUUAAACCCGACUGACAGUAUGGGUCGAGUCUGUGGUAGAGGAGAACUUCAGAACAAAUCAGUACUUCUCUUCUUUGACCUUACAAGAUGUGCUUCUCCUAAAGUCAUUGCUACUGGCUGCCGCACAACGCAGGUGUGUGUGGAAAAAUGCCCCACUACAAAUUGGUUUUAUGAUCCUUUAUCAAAUGAAGAGGAGAAUAUGAGAAUGGAUCUUAUUUGUCAAGAUGGCAUUGAUCCUAUGGACACAUCUUUUGGUGUUUUGGAUCUCAUAAAGGAGGAGAAGUGUGCCUUUUACUAUGUGGAAAGCAAAGCUAUUGGUCAUCGAUGUAUCCCAACCGACAUUGCCCAACAUGCCAACAGUAUCAUCGAAGCUAUUAAAGCUGCAUAUGGCCUGGACACAAAUGACUUUGAGAUUCUUGAAGUUCUUUUUAAGGCCAUGAAAAAUGUUAUGAGACUUGCUGUGUUCCAGAAGGUGGCUGAAGGUGUGUUUCAAGAUGUAAAGACAACUUGGUGGGUUCUGCUGGUUGGUUUUGGUAUUGCAAUGCUUGUGUCAUUACUUUGGAUCAUACUCCUUCGGUUCAUCUCAGCCAUCAUGAUUUGGUUCUCAUUGGUUGCCUUUGUUGGACUUUCUGGUUUUGGAGCAUACUACACCCUCAACAAGUAUCUCACCCUGCGAAAGAGUGUUGACAACUCUACAAUGUCUCGAGCAGAAUUUGAGUAUACAACAGAAGUAAGCAGAUAUACAGAACUAGAAACAACAUGGUUGAUAUUAUUCAUCAUUACAGUGACAAUCUUUGUGGUCUGUUUAUUAGUGCUCAUCUUCUUGCGCAAGAGAAUUAAUAUAGCCAUCGCCCUUAUUGGCCAAGCAAGCAAGGCUGUGGGUGACAUCAUGUCUACGCUGAUCUUCCCUGUUGUACCAUAUUUGCUGCAGUUGAUAUUCCUGGCACUUUUCUGUGUGGUUGGGGUUCUUCUGGCAUCGGCAGGAAAAACUGAAUAUCGAAUCAUGUGUUCUGAAGAUGGGUGUCAAUGUCAAGAUAUAAAGGAACAUGAUACCUGCAUAUUUGAGGAUUUUAAUAAAAGCUCUUGUCCUGGGGCUUCGUGCCAGUUUUUUGACUACGUAGUUGAUCCACACAUUCCAUGGCUUCAUGUCUACAAUGUGUUUGCACUGUUCUGGUCUAUGUUCUUUGUUUCUGCAUUUGGAGAGAUGGUGUUAGCAGGAACAUUUGCUUCAUGGUACUGGGCCUUCAACAAAUCAGAUGUCCCAACCCUGGCAGUUACAGAGAGUUUUGGGAGAACCAUUAGGUACCACAUUGGCACUUUGGCAUUUGGGUCACUCAUCAUUGCCAUUGUGCGCAUGAUUCGUGUGAUAAUGGAGUAUAUCGAUCACAAGAUUAGAGAGAAAACUGAUAGUAAGAUUGUCCGAUGUCUCAUGUGUUGUUGUCGGUGCUGUCUCUGGUGCCUGGAGAAAUUCCUCAAAUUCAUAAAUAGGAAUGCAUAUGUCUACUGUGCCAUCUACGGGAAGAACUUUUGUGUGUCAGCCAAGAAUGCCUUUUCACUUAUCAUGAGGAACAUAGCCCGUGUGGUAGUACUGGACAAAGUGACAGACUUCCUACUCUUCAUUGGAAAGAUGGUGGUUGUGGGAAUCAUUGGUGUUGCUUCCUUCUUCAUAUUCAGUGGUGAAGUAAAAAUUAUGAAGGGUUAUUUGCCUGAGAUGAAUUAUUAUCAUACUCCAGUUAUUAUUAUCACUAUUGGCACCUUUUUUAUAACCACUGCAUUCUUCUCUGUUUAUGCUAUGGCUGUGGACACAUUGUUCCUGUGUUUCCUGGUGGAUUGUGAGAAAAAUGACGGGUCAGCAGAAAAACCAUACUACAUGUCUAAGGACCUCAUGAAGAUCCUGGACAAGAAGAAUAAAUUCAAGGAAGAGUAAUGGUAUUUUAACAAAAAAUGUUUAAGCUUUCAGCAACAGCUUUAUUGCAGGUUAUGAGGUCUUCAGUGUGCUGUUUGAAAUGCCACGAUAAAAUUUUUCAUUAAAAAGAAAAAUUUUAGGUGAUUGAAUCUCUUGAUAAUUAUAGCCCACUUCUGCUGCAAAAUAAGUUGGUUGGCAUAUUACAGGAAAUGGAAAACAAAUUAACUGUGACAGAUCAUUUAUGGCAGAAUUUGCUAAUUGGAAUGUCAGUUUUAUAAGUGACUGAUGGAAUUAUGAGUUUUAUUUUGAACAGUUGAAGGAAGUUGUAAGUAGCAUUUUCAUUGUUUUAGAAAUACAUCAUUAUUAAAUGAAUUUAAAAUGGAUUUACAGUAUAGUAGAGCAUUUAUACUAAAGUAAUGGGCAGGAAAAUGCUCCUUGCAUUAUCUGAAUUAUCUAGCUUUUCUUAAAAAAAUUCCCAUAGAAUUGUAUGAAAUAGAAUUUAUUCAGGUCUAGAUUUAAUAACAUGCUAUUUCUACAUUUUUGAAAACAUUGUUUUUUGUAGUUCAGAAGAUUUGUAAUGCUCUUUUACAUAUUUGACUUUGCAGAUAUUGAUUAUGGAGAAGUCUGAUUAAAUGAAUUUAUCAAAGGUAAAUUGUUUUGAUUUCUGUGUUCUAAUAUUUACAGUCAGAAGCAGUAAUUGCUUCCCCCCUAGUAACCAGAGCCACGGCAGGUGAAGACCUGGAGAUCGGAUAAACCCUUCUCCCUCCCCUAUCCCCUGUUUAAACAUUGCUGGGUAUUUUUGUAACUAUCGUGGCUGGCGAUGUUGCAUUGUGUUGAUAUUGGCCUUCACUGGCCAUGGCUCCAGCGACUACCGUGGAUAGCAAUUUCCGCUUCCGAAUAUGCUGUAGUGUAUUUUGAUACCAUUAUGUAGUGCUAACCCAAAAAGUAACGAGACCCCGGGAUCCUGUGG